UUCACUUCCCCCCUCCACCCCUCCACACUCCAUAAGGUCAGCUCCCCAACAAGUCUACUUGUUUUCUACAAACAUCCAACCCUGGGGUUUCAUAUAAAAACCCGUUCUCUUCUUUCCCAAUCCUUUAAUUUUAUUCCAACCAAUAACCAAAGCAGUCACCAAUUAAUAAGCCAAGAGCAAUUUUGUUCAUUGUAAAAAAGAGAUAACAAGGGAAUAAAGAAGAGGAGAAGAACAUGGCAGAUGAUCUUGACGCAAGGAUAUGCAGAGGAGGGAGCUGGUGGUUCAAUCCCGGCCCGAGCAGCAGCGGCGGUGGUGGCGGCUUCGUCGACGCGCCAGGCUCCGUCUCGUGCUCAACAGCUAUCGCAGAUGCCCCCCGAGGAUCUGCUCUUCCUUCUGAUCAUGUCGGCUCGUCGUUCGCCGACUCCUUCUCCCUCUCCGCUCACUUCAUGGAUUGGGGGCAUGAUCAAUUAAGAAGCAGUGGAAAAGCUGAGAACAGCUUCCAUGCCAUGCUCCAAGAAGAUAUGAGCACAAGGCCCUACAAUUUCCGGCAGGGUUCGAUCGAGCCCGAGCUCGAACCAAGCAUGAGCCAGAAUUUCCUACUAGAUCACCACCAACACCACCCGAGCUCGACCAACGAUCCCGCGCCCGACUGUAGUGUCAUCACUAGCUAUGCCCUAGCUCCGACGGCCUACGGUUGCCCGCCGGUCAUGCAUCUGCAAACCCUACUCGAAGCUGAUGCAAAGCCCCAGCAGUCGGUUUACUAUGACCAGCCCACCGAAACUCCGAUGGCCACGGCGUUCCACGGCACUAAUUGGCCAGUAUUGAAGGAUCAAGAAGGUAGUAGUAAUCCGCUGCACUUCUCCAAUAACACUCCCUUUUGGAAUGCAUCGGCGACCGCUGUCAACGAAGCCAAGUCCGGGUUCUACCCUAAUUCGGUGCCGUCGCAGUUCGUCAUGCCGGCGUUUGAGCCGAAACUGCCCAGCUGCAGUAAUUUCAUGGUGAAGUCAAAUCGAGAUGCAUCGAUGCCAAAGAAGAGCGGAAGCGAAACUGCAUUAAAAAAGCCCCGAGUGGAAGCUCCAUCCCCGUUACCGACCUUCAAAGUGAGGAAGGAAAAAUUAGGGGACCGCAUUACUGCACUUCAACAGCUAGUCUCACCUUUUGGAAAGACCGACACAGCAUCGGUUCUACACGAAGCGAUCGAAUACAUUAAGUUCCUCCACAAUCAAGUCGGGCUCCUAAGCACACCAUAUUUGAAGAAUGGGCAACCCAUGCAACAACAACAGAGCGCGGAGAAGUCUAAAGAAGGCGAUGAAUCGAAGAAGGACCUCCGGAGCCGAGGAUUGUGUCUUGUUCCAGUCCCGAGCACUUAUCCGAUGGCGAGCGAGGCCACGGUCGAGUUCUGGCACCCUACCUUUGGAGGAACAUUCAGCCAUUAUUGUUGAAGCUAAAGCAAGGUAGGAAUGAUAGGUUAGGAGGAAAGAGAAAUAUAAAAGAAGUUAACAACAGUGUAAGUGAUUAACCCAGCUGAAGAAAAAGAAAGGGAGAUGAUCAAUCCUUCAAAGACAGGCUAUGUUGGGGCAGCUACAAGGGGGAAUAUAUCAAUAUCUAUAUCUAUAUCUAUAUCUAUAUAUAUAUAUAGAUACAUGCAUGAUGUACUGAGGUGGCCAUGGAGAAUUAAUAGAACUUUAGAUGGAAUUAUUUAUUAUUAGUACCAUGAUUGCACUAGUAGUGUAGUAACUAUUGUUAAGAGGUGGUGGUGGUGGUGGUUUAAUUUAGGGAAUGGGAACAGGUGCUAAAUUUGGCAUUAAAAUUAUGGCUUAGUUUAGGGUUGGGGAACUGUGAUUACAUGUGUGCUGAAUUUAGCAAAGGGAAUGGGAAUGGGGGGGAGGUAUAAGGGAGAAAAAGAAGGUGGGUCUUGUUCCUGUUUGAUGUAUGCGUGUACAAGGGCUCACUCCACCACCUCUUCUUGUUUCCUUCUUUGUUUUGUCAAGAAGCAUAAUAAUAAGGAAUAAUUGCAUUGAGGACAAGGGCAAGUGUGUGCCCUUUUUAAUUUUCA